AUGCUUUUGCUCCGACGCCAGGUCGCGUCCGCUGCUUCUCCACUCUUGUGUUCUGUUCUGUUCAGCUCGCUCUUUAGCUCCACAGGCGCACGCCCCUUCGUUCCUCCCGUUACGGUUACGCCGGCCACUUCUCAGACCCCUCGACUUAGACAAAAGCUGUUUGUCUCGCCGAACGGACUGCGAAAUAACGCUCGUCGGGAGUAG